AUGGAAAAAAAGCGGGAGGAAACGGAGCAGUCGACGAAAAAUCACACACCGCAAUCACCUUCUGAUAAUCCGGACUGCGCUGUUUUCCCUAUCCCAGUGCUCGUUUCUCGCGGAAUAAGAACGAAGGCGGAGCAACCAGUGUUUGACAUUGGUGGUCAAAAGAAUGCAAAUAAAGCAAUAACCGACGCCUCCGUAAAUUUUUGUGAAGUGGAAAAGACAUCGAAAGAACAGGGAGAAGUGGAGCGGCCACAGUCGUCGAGUCGAAGAGCAAGGUCACUGUUUAAUGUUCUGGACAAUGCUGACUCUGCAUUUUCUGUUUUAGGAUCGUACUCUUGCUGUGGAAUUAAAGUUAGCACUGAUCAGCCGAUGAAUGAAGAUAAUGGCAAGAAGAUGCUGGAUGGAACAAUAGUGAACGUCCCUGGAACAUGUUAUGAAAUGCCGAAAAGGGCGGAAAUGCAAUGGCAGAUGAAGGUAGGAGCUGAAGAACAGGGAGAAGUAAAGAAAAGUAUGAACGAGUGGUCGAAACCGCAUCAGAGUGUGUCACUGUUUAAAGUUCUGGGUAACGCCGGCUUAGCUUUCCCAUCUUCGGAAUUGUUUUCUCAUUAUGAAGUGGAAAUGGAGGCCGAGCGGCUUGCAGGUAAUGAGCAGAUGAAGCAGCAUGAAGAAGCAGUACGCGAUGUAGUUGAAGAAAAUCGAGAAAUGGAGGACUGUGCGGAAGAGCGAAGCAAAAUGGCGAAACAGUCAAAGUCAAAUAAGCCACCAAAAUCAUUGGUCUCCGAGAGUAGUUGUUCGAAUUUAUCCACUUCAGAGCUGUAUUAUUGCCACGGAAGCGAAACGGAAUGCGAGCAGCGACCACUGAAUGGAGAUAGCCAGAGCGAGCCGAGCUCGGAUUCUGCAAAUGAAUUAUGGUUAGCGAUGUGUUUGCCACGAACUGAAGCCAUGAAGGUAACACCGGUCGAGCCAUCGUCACCUAGUCUUGAUCCGUUUAGGAUGGAUCAUGCGGAGACUGAAUCGAACCUGGAAGCCGAGCAACAGGAUUUUUCAGUCGCCUCGUCACUUUCAUCAGCAACGUCUCCUGUUUCAAUAUAUUCCUUCAGUUCCACUCCGAAAACAUUUCCUUCGCCGCGUAUUCCACCACUUUCUGCUUCCGAUGACCAUAAACUGUAUUCGAUUGCUCUUAGCAACGGCAGUUCCAUGGAAACUCCACUGUCCGAAGAGAUAACACUAGCUGCUGCUGCUGCUGCAAAUCACUGUGUCAGCGCAACAGCGACCGGAGAUGUGCAGGAGAAGGCGAUGACGAGUCAGCCAACUCCCUAUGAAACAUUGGAUGAAAAUAUUAUCCUGUGCGACGAGAAUCUCAUAAAAGAAGCUAAAGUAAGUGUGCUUUGA